AUGUCUCCCCCUUUGCCGGUCCGAUUGACCUGCCAGGCUUGCACGCGUCGCAAAGUGAAAUGCGACAAGAAGAGCCCCUGCACAAACUGCCUAAAACACGGAAUUUCGUGCAUUACUAUUGAGCGGCCACGUUGGCCACGCGGCCGGUCAGGAAAACAGGCAACAGGCCGAGAGGAAGAUCUGCGCAAUCGUGUAGCGAAGCUGGAGCAGAUGAUACAGAACUUCACGCAAUCGGCGAGAGGAACGGGCGAUGUGUCUAGCAGCUGUUGCGAAACUAUCACGCCUCAGAGUGGACGAUCGCUGUACUCACCGUCGGAAACCGUGCAGACAACUGAAAAGUGGUUUGUUCCACAGCCGUCAUUGAUUCCGCGGUUCGCCGACAUCCUAGACGAGGCCCCGGGCAGCGGGUUUGCCGGCCACACAGACGAUCACCGGGAGCCACUUUCGGAGCCAGUGCGUCGGAAGAUACUCCUCGAGAUUUUCCUUCAUCAAGUCGACCCGAUCUUCAAGAUCUUGCACCGGCCAUCUCUCUGCGCUUAUCUCUUGGAGGGAAAGCCCUACUUGGACUACGCCAGAGAGCAUCCCGUACCUGCUGCCCUAGCCUCUGCUGUGUUUUAUAUGGCCAGCUCGACCCUGCCUGAAGACCAAUGUCUCGCUCUGCUCGCUGAAAGAAAAGAGGCGGUACUUGCAAGGUACAAGGAUGAAGCAAAGGCGGCCCUCGCAAAGGUCGAUUUUCUUGUUACAACCCAUCUGACAGUAUUGCAAGCAUUCGUCCUGUCUUUGGUGGCUGCACGAAUGCACGAUCAUAGCCGACGGGUCUGGACAAUGCUCAGCGUAGCCCUUCGCAUAGCGCAAGCACUCUCACUGCACAUGACUGUUCCUCCAUUUCCAGUGACGCCGUUUGAACGCGAGAUGCGCCGCCGUUUGUGGCACUUGAUCGGCUGGUUGGACCUUGAAGCCUCGUUAAACCGGGGAUCUGAAAGUAUGAUGCGGUCGGCGUGGAUUCAGACACAUGCGCUCACAAACAUCAACGACAACGACUUUGGAUUGGAUGCAGAGGAACCCUUACCAGCAGCGCAAGGCGGGCAAACAGAGACUACUCUUCUCAUGAUGUUCGCGCAUGCCCAAUGCACUCUUCGUGCCCUGGAUUUAUCCCACUUUACUGAACCGGGUAUCACAGACAUCCACAUGCGACAGCAGAUGGUGGACCACUUCCGUCACACUGCGGAUGGGCUGCUGGCCGGCUCCGAUCCCGAAAAUGUUGCGUUCCACUGGUUUACUAAACGGAUCCAGGAGCAGAUCUCUGGUGUCCUGCAGCUCGUCGCUGUCCGGCCACUCCAGAGGAGUCCGACCUUUAUCCCUGCGGAGGUACCAAGCCCCCAAAUGCUCGCCCUCGCAGCCGAGAUUUUAGAACGACGACAGAGAUUGUAUAGCGAUCCUCGAGCACAGCACUGGCGCUGGUUCGAGGCGUUAUUCUUUCCUUGGCAUGCGCUCGUUGUAGCCAUGACCGAGGUAUGCGUCUGUACUGAUCGAUUAGUGAUGGACAAAUAUUGGCCUACGCUCGAGUAUAGUUAUGACUUCUUCCAGAAGCAGGCCAUCGGUACACAUUAUGACUGGCUCUUGACGUCUAUGGAAGGUCUGAUGAGAAACGCUCGAGCUGCGCGGCAAAAGGCGGUUGGCAAAGAUGCGCCAGGGGAUGCAGUGCCCCAUUCCCACAUCUAUAUGGAUAUGGCGCCUCUAGAGGGCUCUAUCCUGUCAAAUUCUCUGCCAGUUGUGCCUGGCGUGCCAUUGACAGAGGCACAGGAGCUUUCUCAUCUACAAGAUCAUGAGGCCAUCGCGUGGGCGCAGUAUGGGGACUUCACCGACCGCUUCUAUGAGAUGGAUGGGGGAUCUUUCAACGUGUAG